AUGGUCACGUUUGAGAUAUUGUGCGCGCAUGAUACGAAUUCCUCGAUGAUCUACUACAUUCUCACCGAUGAGCAUGCCCCGGAUCGGUACCGCGUCAAUCAAGUGCUGGCAAAUCAUCACGAAUUCGCUGAUGCUUUUCACUGUGAAGUGGGCAGUGCCAUGAAUCCCACCAAGCGUUGUGCUCUUUGGUAG